AUGGACGCUAAUUCGUUAUCCUACUCGUUGGAGCUGGUUGCGGGUAGCGGGUGCAUUUUGAAUUCGGAGCAAAGAGCAGCUCUUCAAACUUCACUGAUUAUCCUAAAGAAGAACUACAAAUUCAAUAGAGUGCUAUUUUGGGGGAAAAUACUCGGUUUGAAGGAGCACUAUUUCAUCGCUCAGGGGCGAAGGGAUGAUGAGUUGAAGGAUACGCAGCAUUUUUACAGCUUCAACUGCAUCGACUGGUUUCUAAUCCCCGCAACCACAACUGCAAUGAUUGAGGAUGUGGCCAAAACAGCUAAGGGUAGAUUCGAAGGCGACCCAUCAUUUGUAUACGAGUCCAGACCAGCAGACAGAAAUGAUCCUGUGCCGGAUGAGUCAACAACCAAAGUGACCGAGGAAACAAGACUGUCUGUGACGGUCCACCACAUCAACGAGGAAGCUUCUGUCGUGCCCCGGGGCGCCUUUAUCAACAGCAUGCAUGGUGUUGUUCAGAUUAAUCGCAGUUUUGGUGGUCUUUCUUACACUCAAGCGGGAAAACUUGAACAUUUUCUUCACUUCGCUCAGCCCAAGAAUCUGAAGAAAAAGUCAUUGUUGGAGAUGGCUGAUUUGAACCCCGCCUUGGACUUUCUGGAUCCAUUGAGUGAGGACAUUCCAAAAGGAUCAUGGAGUCUUCAGUUUGAGAGUGCCAACAAAGUAUGCGUGAUCCGCAGCCUGCUGUGGUUGGGCCUUACCUUCUACCACGUGCCCAUGACACCACUGCAUGGAUUCAUAUACAUCGGCUAUGGGACCAAAAAUUUGGACCUGCCCUUCAUGCUUUAA